AUGAAGAGAUUUACCAAUCAGGUGGCCAUUGUGACGGGAGGCGCUCGUGGGAUCGGCGCUGCCUGUGCUCAGCGGCUCGCGAAAGAAGGUGCUGUCGUAGCUAUUUUCGAUGUGCUGGCCGAGAAGCUGGUGGAAACUAAAUCAAGUCUAGAAAAUCUAGGCCUGACAGCAAGUACGCACCAAGUAGAUAUCACCAAUGAGACCGCUGUUAAAAAUGCGAUCACGGAAGUUAUGAAGCUUCAUAGCAGACUCGAUGUCAUGAUUAAUUGUGCAGGUAUAGCUGGGCCAAAUUCAAUUAAGAUCUUAGAUUAUGAUUACGCUGAAUUCAAAAAAGUGAUAGAUGUGAAUCUCAAUGGUUCAUUUCUGAUGACAAAGUAUUGCAUCCCGCACAUGCUCAAGAACAACUACGGCCGAAUUCUACUUAUUGGCAGUAUCGGCGGCAAAGAAGGCAAUCCCGGGAUGGCGGGCUAUGCGGCAAGUAAAUCAGGCGUAAUGGGACUCGUCAAGGGCAUUGGAAAGGAAUAUGCAGAUACCGGCAUUACAGUAAAUGGACUAGCUCCCGCUGUCAUUGCCACACCCAUGAAUCUCGAUACUCAUCCAGAUACGAUGGCUUAUAUGACUGCUAAGAUACCAAUGGGACGAUUAGGUACAGUCGAAGAAGUCGCGUCCAUUUCCGCUUGGAUUGUUUCAGAAGAAGCCAGCUUUAAUACGGGUUUUGUUUUUGAUUUGACAGGUGGUCGAGCAACUUCUUAG